UGUAUUUCGGAAAUCUUGGGCCUCUAAUUGGGCUGAGAUCAGCGUCAACUCUUAAACCAUGAAUAUUUUCCAUUUUUUUUUCAAGUACACGCCCCGUCGGCUUCGCCGGCCGCGCCAUCCGCCCAACGGCCAGUCAGGCAGUCACCGCGCGCCGCUCGCGGCCAAACCUCUCGCUCUCGGCUGCCUCCGCCGCUCCGCCCCCGUCUCCCCGCACGACCAAAAACCCCACCGCUACCUCUCCGCCCCUUCCCCACUAUGGUCUUCGCCGUGCCGCCGCGAUGGGGAGGCUGUGCGGCAGCGGCGGCAGGAGGCCGCCUCCCUUCCUCUCCCCCUCCGCUUCAUUCUCGUCGUCGUUGCACUCCAAGCGCUCCCGCCCGUUCCGCCGCCUCCCGUCCCUUCCCAAGCCGCCCCUCGCACCGCCGGCGCCGCAUUUCGCCGGGAGGAGGAGGAAUAAGGCGCCCGCCCGGCUGUGGAUGAGGAUGGAUCGGUGGGGCGGCUGCGAGGUGUUCAUGUGCGACAAGGCCUUCGUCGUGGAGCGCUCCGGCGUGCACACGCGCGAACUCCGCGUCAUCGGACCCCUUCUCUCCCGCUACCCCAGCAUCCUCGCUAGAGAGAAGGCUAUGGUAAUCAAUCUAGAGUUCAUAAGAGCUAUUGUGACUGCUGAUGAAGUCCUGCUGCUGGAACCUCUUGCCCAGGAGGUUAUCCCUUUCAUCGAUAAAUUGAGGCACCAUUUCCCUUUGAAGAGCAUGGUGGUUGAUGUUGGUGCCACGCAAGUGGAUAAUUUGGAUGGCAAGCAUGCUCAAACUGGUGCCGAGUGUGAGCUUCCAUUUGAGUUUCAGGUGUUGGAGCUCGCCCUAGAAGCUGUAUGCUCGUCAUUUCGUUCCAGCCUAUCUGAUCUUAAUAGGCAUGCAGUAUUUGUGCUGGAUGAAUUGACUAAGAAUGUGAGCACUAGGAACCUCGAGCGUGUUCGGAGCCUGAAAAGCAAUCUCACCUCCCUGCUUGCUGGUGUGCACAAGGUCAGAGAUGAAGUAGAGUAUCUUCUGGAUCAUAAUGAAAACAUGGCACAGCUACCCCUAUCAUGGAAGCAAGCAAAAAAUCAGCAGGAUCAAGCUCUACUGGUUUCUGCUGCAGUAAGUAGCAAUUUUCCUUCAAAGACAAGCCUGGCUAGACCAAAUCCUAUUACCAACCAAGCCAUGGGCAUUGCUACAAGUGCGCCACUGGACACUGAUGCUGGAAACCUAGAGAUGUUACUUGAAUCCUAUUUCAUGCAGCUGGAUGGAAUUCGCAACAGGAUUGUGAUGGUUCGAGAAUAUAUUGUUGACACAGAAGACUACAUCAACAUCCAACUUGACAACCAACGCAAUCAACUUAUUCAGUUCCAUCUGGCCCUGAUCAUCGUAUCCUUUGGCAUAGCGAUCAACACAUUGAUAGCUGCAUCAUUUGCCAUGAACCUGCCUCACAAUGGUGAUGAGAACACUGCUGUAGGUCCUUUUUGGCCAUUUGUUGGGGCUACCUCAUCUUUCUGCUUGUUGGUCGUAAUCGUGUUGUUCACAUAUGCUUGGAGGAACAGGCUACUUGGCAGUUGAAGACCAUACUUAGAGAAACCCUUGGAAGCAGGGCCAUUAUGUUGGUGACAGCUGGACAGGUAUUUCAUAAUUCCUCCUGACUGGAGAUUAGCAAUACAUUGCUAUGGGUAUAUGAUAGUCGAGGACUAAGAUCUUGUAUGGAAUAUUUUACAUAUUGAUGCUUUAAAUCAUAAGAAGAAACCCCCUUUUCUUUUCUUUUCUUUA